AUGCAACUGUACACAAUCUUUGUCGUAAUUGCUGUAGUAGCAGCGAUCCCUCGGACGAGCUCGCACGAGCACGGAGGAAGAAAUCAACGAAGAAGACAUGAUGAUUCUUCUGACUCUUCCAAAUUUUACGGACCCCCUAUGGGUGGUCCACCAUUCGGUGGACCAGGCUUUGGAAAUGGAGGAUAUCAACCGAACGGCAAUGGUAGACCUCGGCCGAGCUUUGGGAACAAUCACUUUGGAGGACCAGGCUCUAACAUGGAAGGACCGUUCGGAGGACCUGGUGGCAGACCUCCACAUGGAGGGAAUGGAGGACCUGGAGGCAGACCUCCUCACGGAGGUAAUGGAGGAAACGGUGGAUGGGAUCCAUCCAUCGGAAAUGGAGGACUCGGUAGCAGACCUCCGCACGGAGGGAAUGGAGGACCCGGAGGCAGACCACCGCACGGAAUGGAUGGUGGAAACGAUGGAUGGAAUCCGUCCGGUGGAAAUGGAGGACCCGGAGGCAGACCUCCUUUCGGAGGGAACGGAAGACCUGGUGGCAGACCACCGCACGGAGGGACUGGAGGAAAUGGUGGAUGGAAUCCGCCCGGUGGAAAUGGAGGACUCGGAGGCAGACCUCCUUUCGGAGGGAACGGAAGACCUGGUGGCAGACCACCGCACGGAGGGACUGGAGGAAAUGGUGGAUGGAAUCCGCCCGGUGGAAAUGGAGGAAACGGUGGCAGACCUCCUUACGGAAUGCAUGGAGGAAACAACGGAUGGAAUCGCUAUUAA